UGGAAGGAACUUUGACUUUACAGCAAUCAGACUACUGUAGAGAUCAACUCUCAAAAUGAUUGUCUUCACCAGUUUGGUUGCCAGUGUUCUUCUCAUGUACACCCAUGCUCAGAUCCAGUGUGGGCUGGAGAAGGGCAAAAGACUGGAUACGUUCUCCGAAGACACAGACCGACUGAAGAUCCCGUGCAAGUACAACGCCGUGCGCCAGACGUGUGGCCGCUACUUCAUCAACGUCACACCAGGCAACGACAUCAGGAGCGACACUGGCGAGUACUACGUGGAAACCAUGUGGGUGUCCAUCACUGACACGGAGACGAAACAAAAAUGGGAAGGACGAACUUCAACUAAAAUUGCACAAAAGGCCAUAAACGACCCGGCAAGAUCCCCCUUCCAAACCAAAACUAACGAGCUCGACAUCAACUCCAUCUGUACAAUCGGCGCGAAUGAGGACACCAACCAAGUGUACCUUAUGGAGAAAAACGGCCUCUUUUCAAUAAGCUUUGGUGUGUAUGAAGAAGGUGGAAGAAAGUCCAAGACCUCCACAUGGGAAUUUGAGUGCAACGAUAAUAACGUUGAACUCGCUCCCUACCCACAACAGGUUUGCGGCAAUCUGACGGAAGACGUGGUGAAAAAUAUUCGCAAGGACAUGGACUUCAGCCAGGACAAUGAAGUCUACAUGUACUACGUACUGAACAACAAGGCCAUCGCUCAAACGAGCGAGGUCUGCAAGUAUUUGGAGGAAACGUUUACUACUGGCAGAUGCAAAGCUAGAGAGGCAUUGGCUGUUCAUUUAUGCUACAGGGUCGUCUACUCUGGAUUCAUCUACAAAAAGCUCCUCCGCUUUGGUACUGAUCCGAAGUAUGUCUGGAAGGCUUGCAUAGACUACGUGUGCUCUGAUUUCACUGACCAAGUAACCUGCGAGUACCUCGGGGAGGCUCUGGAUGAAGUCAAGAAACCCUCCGAUACAAUCGCGAAGAAAAUUGAAGAGAACAAUUGCUACCCCGGGUAUAAUGGGUUCUGAGCAGAUCUACUUUAUUCCAGCAGCGUCAUGAGCACCAACGUCGCUUUAUUUCUAUGAGCGCCAUCUGCCUACAUCAGUCAUCAAGAACGAUAAACAGCAAAAGAAUUUUGGAAGAUUUUCUCCCUUGAGCCUUAACUACAGUUCUUUUUGCAUGAGUAAAGUUCACGUCUUGAGACAAAUACGGCGAAUAUGAACAUAUAGCAGAUGUACUCCUAAAGUUACUUUCUACCAUGUCCAAAGCUAGAACUUUUGCAAUGUAAUGUUGUUCAUUUUGGAAAACUCCAUGAAUCACUAAGCCUCUUGAACAAAAACUGUUGUGUGGCAGUUGCGAUGUUUUCUGCUCAUGUUGCAAAUGUUAGUUUGCUGGAGAAACAGCCAAUUAUCCCUUACGACAGUGAUGAGAAUAAAAAAGCAUUAAUUACAAUACAGCUUGCUUUUACUUGUUG